CUCCUCUGCUUCUCUCUCUAAAACUUCCUCUCUCUCUAAGUUUUUAGUGGGCUGGUGUUUCAUUCACUUCAGACUCUCUCUUCUGGUCUUCUUCUACCCACAUCUGGCUGUUCUCCACAACAACCCGCCAUCUUCAUGGCUGAGGCAACAAAGCACAACACACCCAUCAAGGGUGGAACAUUGGUCUCAGACAUGAAGAGCCUCUUCUCCAUCAUCAAAACCAGAAGAACUGUUGCCUUUGCCUAUGGCUUCAUGUUUGCCUUUGUUGCCUUCACUGUUUUCUUGGCCUUCAAUCCAAACCCCAACUCUGGUGCUCCUUGGUUCUCUAACAUAUUCACCACUACUUCUACUACUUCUGGUAGUGGAUCUCAGUUCUCUUCCUUUUUCUCUUCUUUCUUCUACUCCAAUGCUUCUUCUCCUUCCCAGCAGUUUCAAAGUUCUGCUUCUUGUCCACAACCACAGCCGUCUGGAUCUAGUAACACCACUUUGAUUAAACAACCGCCGAGCCAAACUCAGCCCAUUGUGAAUUCUGAUAAACCGCCAAUUUUGAGCCCAAAUCAGACAUCAAGUUCCCCAUCCAUCGUUUCCUUAGCGCCCAAGAACAGUUCAAGCUUGCCUGUUGUGAAAAACCAAACUCAAAGCACCCCAAGUUCUGAUAAGGCCACAGUUUUAGAGGCAAAUCAGACCACAGUUGCCGCCCCAGUAACUCCUGUGGCGGUGCCGGCCAAUAAGACCACGAGCUCGUCUCCGAAAUCAGGUUCCAGUAAGAGUGAUGCUGAGAAGGGUGUGACAUCAAAUUAUACGGCCGCAUUGAACAAACAGAGCAAUGGAACAAAAUCUAGUGUGUCGGUGGAGCAGGGGAAGGAUGAUUUGAUCAAGUCUUUGUUGAGUUGUGAUUUGUUUCAUGGGGAAUGGGUCGAGGAUGAUUCAUACCCUCUUUACGAACCUGGGUCUUGUCCUUUGAUUGAUGAGCAGUUCAAUUGUAUUCGUAACGGAAGACCCGAUAAGGAUUAUCAGAAAUUCAAAUGGCAGCCUAAAGAUUGCACUCUCCCAAGGUUGGAUGCAAGUCAUAUGAUAGAGUUAUUGAGAGGAAAGCGCUUGGUCUUUGUUGGUGAUUCUCUAAACAGGAAUAUGUGGGAAUCUCUGAUUUGCAUUCUGAGAAACUCCGCAAAAGAUAAAAGCAAGGUUUAUGAAGCCCAUGGAAGAACCCAUUUUCGCGGGGAGGCUUCAUACUCCUUCAUAUUCAAAGACUAUAAUUUCACAGUGGAGUUUUUUGUUUCUCCCUUCUUGGUUCGAGAAUGGGAAAUGCCGGACAAAGAUGGAUCAAAGAAAGAAACACUUCGUCUUGAUUUAGUUGGGCGAUCAUCCGAGCUAUACAAAGAUGCAGAUAUUCUCAUCUUCAACACUGGACACUGGUGGACACAUGACAAAACCGCCAAAGGGAAAGACUAUUACCAAGAAGGUAGCCAUGUUUAUGGUGAGUUGAAUGUUCUCGAGGCAUUUCGGAAAGCUUUGACUACUUGGUCCAGAUGGGUUGAUGCUAGUGUUGACACGGCGAAAAGUAUGGUGUUCUUUCGGGGUUAUUCUGCCUCCCAUUUCAGUGGUGGACAAUGGAAUUCCGGUGGACAAUGUGAUAGUGAGACUCUACCUAUCUUUAACGAGACUUAUCUAAGGCCAUACCCGCCAAAGAUGCUGGUACUCGAGAAGGUGUUGAAAAACAUGAAACAUCACAUUACCUAUCUCAAUAUCACAAGAUUAACCGAUUUUCGGAAGGAUGGCCACCCAUCAAUCUACCGGAAGCAACAUCUUUCCCCAGAGGAAAGGAAAUCCCCAAUCCAGGACUGCAGCCAUUGGUGCCUACCGGGUGUUCCCGAUGCAUGGAAUGAGGUUCUUUAUGCUGAGCUCCUAGUAAAACUGCACAAGAAGAGUCUGCAUGAGCAACUACAACAGCAGAAGAAGAGAGCAUAGGUAAAUGUUACACAAGCUUAAGAAUGCCGUAAUUCAUACAUACUGAAAACUGUGUCUAAAUCACACUGUAGCAUUAUACGUUCUCUUUUUUGGCUACCCUUUUCGGCAUUAUUGAUACGAAACAUGGAAGCAAAGUUAUGUGAAGAGAAAUGAUGUUCUUGGUGACAUGAACCUGAGCUUGUAGUAAAGUUAUCUGUUUAUGUGAACGAAGAGAGCUGAGGGAAACUAGAGCUGAGUGAAAGGGGGGCAAGGGUGUAGAGAGGGAGUUUAGCUGGUGGUACAAUUUUCACUUGUAAAUUUCUUCUCCUUCUUCACCACAUCUUGUUCUUUUGGCCUUGAAAGGCGUUGAGAAUUGUAAAUGUCUUGAUUCUGAUUAUAUAGUUGUUUUAUCAAAAAUAAAAAUAGUGGGAUAUAUUAUAAUUUCA